AACCCAAGGGGAAGGCCCAGACAGCAUACUGCACCCCACACUGUGGUUCAACCACACCAAACUGAGGUUCAACCACCCCAAACUGAGACCAUGACAAGCCCACCAUCUAAGACAAUGACAAGCCCACCAGUUGAGAGGCUGACAAGACCACCAGUUCAGAGGAUGACAACCCGGUCUGUUGAGAAGAUAAAUAAAUUGUCGGUUAGGAGGUACAGUCAACGAGGAAGAGGGCAAAGUAGUGGGUCAACUGGGAGAGGUAGGAAUGCAGGGGACUUCAUAUGCACUCAAGAGAGUGAGGCUGGAAAUUAA